AUGAAGUCACCAAAGAUAAAUUUUGAUCCUCCAUUUUUAAUGCUGAUGCCAGUUCCUCUGGAUGUGAAAUCUGAAGCAGCCAUCAAUAUCAUUCCACAAGAUUUUUUAAGGCAAUCACAAAUUCAAGUUGAACUUCCAGAGCUUGAACUCGAAGAUGGUGACAGGAUUUACCCUUUUUCGAUACAGUUCCCAGAAGGAAAAGAUAUUGUUCUUUCAUCAGAUGGCACAAAUAAGGAACUAAUUUGUCAUAUCAGCUUCAGAUCAUCUAGACCGGUGUCAUUUUUAGGGAAUAUCCUCUUCAUUGUUGAAGAAGAAAGCAGGUGCUUUUCAGCACGUGGGAAGACCUAUCCUGUAAAACAUAGAGUUAAUGGGAAAAAUGUGCAGACAGUAAGGAAUGCAGUAGGGGAGAAGUUGUUCUGCAUCCAUGUUGUACUCCACAGUCACUUUCCCAUAGUAGUUCCUCAAGUUCCUUUGGUGCAACCACUGCCUCAACCUAUGAAGAUUCUCAAUCAGGUCCUACCACUGUCACUGACUGGAUCGGCCUUGGCCAGUGGCAAGUCCGUCUUGGAGCUGGCGGGCAUUGCCUCUGUUGGACAUAGAGAAACUUUUAAGCAGCUUCUCACAGAAGCCACUUGUGUAGCCUCCACCGAGUCAGAUUCUACGUUUGAAAGUGAGAGUGAUGAAAAGAUGAGUGAUGAGAGUGAAGCUGACAGUCAAAGUGAUGGGAGAGAAAAUAAAUUUGAAUUGUCAUUUUUUCCUGAUGAAGAUAAAGAGGAGUACAUCUUCUUUCAGAAAACCCUAACUGCUGUUAAGAAUUGGUUCACUCUCUUUGGUUGGUCGAAGGGACAAAAUCCUGUUUCAAUACCAUAUUCACUAAGACGUGAUGUGUGUAAAGACCAGAUGACCUCUUCACAAGAAACAGGUUUUAAACAAAACCUUGGCAAAGAUACUAAGACUGUUUAUGACAUGUUAUUCCAUCUGAGUGGACAGUUGUUACCAGGCAUUACAUCGAGCAAGUCAUUGCCCCUUGAUCCAGUUGAACGAAUGUUACAGCUCCACCAGCAGCAUUCUACAUUGCUUGCUUUUCUUAAAAGCCAAGGAGCAUAUCUUCCUCAUGUUAUGCCAGAAUUUCUGCUUGAACCUGAUGAUUAUAAGAAAUGGAUUAAAAUGCAAACUGUUCUGACGGGUCGUAUGGAUGAGUUGAGAAAAGCAGAUGUGAAAAACUCAGAUAUACUUAGCGACAAGCAUCUGUUCGUUCUGGAGGACAGCAUAUUUGAGAUGAUGAGCAAACGAGCUUGGACAGAUGUGCUACUGCAGAUAUACAAGGUGUUUGUUCUUCCACGUGCUUCUUCAAGUAAUAUCACUGAUCUGUUCAGCUUGGAAAGCUUGCAGAAAAUGCCAAGAAUAAAAUCAGAACCUUUAUCCAGUAACAUAUAUUCUCCAUAUGAACGAACCAUCCUCACCUGGUUGAAUAAACACUAUGAGAAGAAUCGACAAACUGUGUGGAAAGAUUGUCAAAAAGGUGAAGUACCACCAAUGAGAUGGAUAGUAAAUUUUGACCGAGAUCUUCUAGAUGGUCUGGUAUUGGCAGCACAGCUGGCAGCUUAUUGUCCAUAUUUGAUUGCUACUCACUUUGUAAGGAUGUAUACUGAUCCAAGAACUCCUGAACAGUUUCUGCACAACUGUUUGAUACUUGUGAGUGCUAUGCAUGCUGUCAGUCUGGCUAUAGACAUAAAGCUAGAUAGAUGA